GGCUGUCUUGAAGCUGUGCUGUUGGCGAAAGCAUGUCUCAGGAGCGCGGAGCGCCAGCGAGCGUGGUUCCCCUGGAGGAAUUAAGUAGCUGGCCGGAGGAACUCUGCCGCCGGGAACUGCCGUCCAUGGUGCCCCGGCUCCUCUCUAUGUAUCGGCAUUCUGACAGUUGGAUGGAGCAUAUUCAAAUUCUGAAAAUUCUUGUAGAAAUGUUUUUACCUCAUAUGAACCACUUGACAUUGGAACAGAAUUUCUUUUCACCAGUGCUGCCAAAGACUGUGAAAUUAUUUGAUGACAUGAUGUAUGAGUUAACCAGUCAAGCCAGAGGACUGUCAAGCCAAAAUUUAGAAAUCCAGACCACUCUAAGAAAUAUUUUAGAGACAAUGGUGCAGCUCUUAGGAGCUCUUACAGGAUGCGUUCAGCAUAUCUGUGCCACACAGGAAUCCAUCAUUCUGGAAAAUAUUCAUAGUCUCCCCUCCUCAGUCCUACAUGUAAUCAAGAGUACAUUUGUACAUUGUAAGAAUAGUGAAUCUGUCUAUUCUGGGCGUUUACACCUAGUUUCAGACCUUCUCCAGGCUCUUUUCAAGGAAGCUUAUUCUCUUCAAAAGCAGCUAAUGGAACUGCUGGAUAUGGUUUCCAUGGACCCUUUAGUAGAUGAGAAUGUUGAUAUUUUGAAUAUGGUAACAGUUAUUCAUUCAUUGUUGGAAAUCUGCUCUGUUAUUUCCAGUAUGGACCAUGCAUUUCAUGCCAAUACUUGGAAGUUUAUAAUUAAGCAAAGCCUUAAGCACCAGUCGGUUAUAAAGAGUCAACUGAAACACAAAGAGAUAAUUACUAGUUUAUGUGAAGACAUUCUUCUCUCCUUCCACUCUUGUGUACAGUUAGCUGAACAGAUGACAGAGUCAGAUGCACAGGAUAAUGCUGACUACAGAUUAUUUCAGAAAACACUCAAAUUGUGUCGUUUCUUUGCUAACUCCCUUUUGCACUAUACUAAGGAAUUUCUUCCUUUCCUCUCUGAUUCCUGUUGUACAUUGCACCAGCUUUAUCUUCAGAUACACAGCAAGUUUCCUCCAAGCCUGUAUGCCGUCAGGAUUUCUAAAGCACAGCAGGAGGAAAUAGCGGGUGCUUUCCUUGUCACACUGGACCCCCUCAUCACUCAGCUUCUCACAUUCCAGCCUUUUGUGCAAGUGGUUUUGGACAGUCGAUUAGAGCUGCCAUGUGAACUACAGUUCCCACAAUGUCUACUGCUCGUUGUUAUCAUGGAUAAGCUGCCUGCUCAGCCUGAGGACGUGCAGACCCUGUGGUGCACAGAGAGCCAGGCCUCGGAAACUACGACCAGAGUAUCUCUACUCAGAGCCAUUUUCUACAGUUUUGAGCAGUGUUCUGGUGAGCUCUCUCUGCCCGUUCAUUUACAGGGAGUAAGGAGUCAAGGGCAAGCCGAGGGCGCCGUCACCUUGUAUCAGCAUGUCUGUGUUCAUCUGUGUGCAUUUAUUGCUUCCUUUCAUCCCUCACUGUUUCCCGAAUUGGAUGCUGCUCUUUUGAACGCUGUGCUCAGUGCCAGUAUGAUCACCUCUUUGCUAGCUGUGGAUGCGUGGUGCUUCGUUGCUCGAUAUGGGUCUGCUGAACUCUGUGCACACCAUGUCACCAUCGUGGCUCAUCUGAUAAAAUCUUGCCCUGGAGAAUGUUAUCAGCUUACCAACCUAUCAAUACUGUUCAGACGUCUGUUCUUCUUCAUGGCCCCACCCCAACAGGUGGAGUUUAUCCAAAAAUUUCCCCCUAAAGAAGCAGAAAAUUUGCCCCUCUGGCAAUGUAUUUCCUUCCAGGCAUUACCUGCUGAGCUAAGGAAACAAACUGCACAUGAGGUCUCCGGGGUGGGCACGGCACAGUGUAAGAAGUGGCUGCGUGGCACGCGCACUCUGGGAGAACUGGAGUCUCUGAACACGGUGCUCUCUGCUUUGCUUGCUGUUUGUCAGUCUGCUACUGAAGCUCUGGAUAUUGGACAACAAACUGCAGUUGUGGAAGUUGGGAGUCAGCUUUGGAGUUUUUUAAACGUUAAACUGGUAACAGGUCAACCUUAUGUUCAACAGACAUUCAACCUUUUACUUCCACUGUUGGGAUUUUUCAUUCAAACUCUAGAUCCCCAGCUGAUAUGUCAGUAUUGUUGGUUACACUGGACUGUCAAUUCAGCCUCCGUCGGUUCUUAUCCUAUCUCCCCGAUACUGAAUAGUUGAAAGUUUUUGUUAUUGCUGUUAACUGCCCAAGAAGAAUCCCUGGGGUUAGGAGUCAUAGUUCAUGUGUGAGCCCUGCAUUCACAGCAUUUUCAAAGGCGUUUCAGCAGCUGUGGGAGUGUGGAGUAAAACCAGCAUCGACUGCCGGAUCAUCCUCAUUGUUUCUUUGAAGAAAUACAAUGAUUUUGAAGGAAGAGCACUACUGAAUUUUCUCUCUGGCCCCAGCUUGCAUGGCUGGAACAGGCAGAACUGGGGUCACUGUCUGGGGGAAUCCUUGUGGUGUUACCUCAGUUAUACCCCGCUUUUGGAGGUUCUGAGCCAAUGGAGAGAGAAAAGGGGAAAGGCCUUCAUCUUCUCUGAAGUGGUUGAGAGGCUUUGGAAUGAGUCCAUACCGGACAGAAGUGAUCCCCAAAUCAAGAGCUGACUUCAACUUACACUCACAUAAAACAGAAACAGAGACUGUUACAAGGUGACACUAACCCUUCCUGUUGAGGAUGACGGAAGAACUAAUACCCUGUCACAGGAGACGGGGAAGUGAGACUUGUGAUGCUUUGUGUUUAGUCGUUCUGGUUAGUGGUUGUGUACAUGAAGAAGUCAGCAUUAACAAACAUUUACUAAUUAGGUAUAUUUUUAAAUUACUGUAUGUGUAACAUGGAUUACUAAAUUAUAUAGAACGAGAAUAUGGUAGAAUAGUUGACUCAAUUUUGUUGAUUCUGAAGGUUCUAUUUCUUUUUUGAAAAAUUAACUACUGGUAACUUUUAUAUAAUUGUACCUACCUUUAAAAAACGCAAAUAACUAAAGUUGUAAAAAUUCACUGUAAGUAAAUUGUUCAUUUAGGCCUUGCUUCCUUUACAGAAGACUUUUAUCUCAGUGUUCCUUUAAAUCAGGGGUCAGCAAACUAGGGCCUCCUGGCGAGAUUCUGUUCUCCUGUUUCCAGCACAAGAGCUAAGGAUGACUUUUACAAUAUUUAAAGGUUUGUAGAAGAAAAAAUGCAAGAGGGAACAUGUUGCCUCCAAAGCCUAAAGCCUAAAAUGUUACCCUCUGGCCCUUUACAGAAAGUCUGUGCAAACCUGCUCUAAAGUAAUGAACUAUUCUCACUAGAAUUUAAAAUGUGAUUUUUAAAGAUUUGAAAGAAGAGCACUUUUUUUUUUUUUUUUUUACAGUGGUUGUUAGGAUGACUGCUCUUAAUAAUUGACUCAGUUGUUAGAUAGUUUUAUUCAAAUUUCACCUGUGGAGUUUCAGUUUUAUGGCGUGUUCGUCUACACUGGGUUUUGUUUUGUUCCCCUCCCCACACACCUAUGAAAAUCUGUCAUGUCUACAAAAUGCUUGUUUUCGUAUGUAACCGUUCUUCGGUCUUUGCCUCUGUAGGUAGUAACUUUGCAGACCUCUCUACUUAGACUAGAGCCCCCUGACCACGUUCGUUUGGCAGUGCUCGAUUUUGUAUCUUCUCUAGGAAAACUUUUUAUACCUCAAGCUAUCCAGG